UGUUUCAGCCUGCCCAUGGCCAGAAAAGAGGAACCCCCAGGGCUGUAUAUAAAUCAAUCGGUCUCUUGAGUUGGACUACCAAGGGCAUUUCUACACUCAACACAGCACUGUGCCAGAGAACUGAAGUUAUUGAAGUCCAUACCUCAUGGAGGCUGUCUCCAGCGGUCCACACCGAGCCUCAGGAUUCCUUGAUAGGAGGUCUUCUACACGUCUGGAUGGUCUACAGUCUGAAGUACCAGCCCUUUCCGUCAAUGGUGGUGUCCAGUACCUGGGGCUGUGUAGUAGUCCUGCUGGUGCUCCUCCUCCACCCCGUCCGCUGUGUCCUCUCUAUCUCAGUGCCCUCCCUGGGAACCAAACAGGGCAGGAAGGUCCUCAUCUCCACCGCCCUGGUUAUUGUGGUGACCAGCUGCAUCCCCAACAUGACCAGGAACUUGAGCCGCUCCGCUGACAUGAUCAAGUGCUCCUCCCACAGCACCGCCGAGAGAAUCCUGGCCUCCACCAGUCAAGUAAACAACGCCCUACACGACAUGAAGAAUUUCAUCGGAAGCAUACCGAGAAUUGUGAACAGCGACCGGUUCUUGCAGUUCGAGCAGAAAGUCGAUGUCGAGGAGAUGAAGAUGGGUAUCAGAAACGCCUCGGCCAGACUGAAGGCUGAGUUCAAAGCCAUGCAGGAUACUCUGGAGGUCACAGGUCACGUGGCCCAGAAGGUCAUCGCCUCCUCCUUCAUCAUGCUGCUGCUGGGGAGUUCUGCCAGUUACCUGGUCAGGUAUCUCACAGACCUAAAGCACGACAAUGUGUGUCAGACAAGCCGUCUACAGGAGUUACUGAGGGCCCGGGGAGUGGAGGAGCUCCCAGAGGCCUACAGAAAGAGGCUGGUGAGGACCAGGGGCUGGAGGAUGACACAGAGGGAGCUGAGACGAUGCCUGUGGGGAAGCACCAUCCUGGGCUUCUACUGCCUGGUAUGUGCCCUGGUCCUAGGGCUCGACCACCUCAUCUACUCUGUCCUGCAGACGUCUCUGAGCUGGGCACAGAACAUUCCUGAGGUGAAAACUACCAUGUCACUCCAUGUGAAGAUUACAGCCCUAAUCAUUGGCUUUAUCCGUGAACCUGUGGGAGAAAUGAACAAAGAGUAUCGCUACAAGAUCCUGCUGUUGCCCCCAGACUGCGUACGACCCCUGUCCCCCCCAGACCCGUCUCUCCUCUCCACCACCGCAGCCCUCUUCCUCACCGCCCUGGUCAUGAUUCUGGGAGAGGUGUUCUCCAGGAGAAUCAGGAGGACGAUCUGCUCGUCCUUCUACAGAGACAGAGAGGAGGAACGAGCCUUGUACCUGCGGGACAAGAUUCUAUUAAAGCUGGAGGAUGAGGGAAAUAUUUCCUAGAUCGGUAAACUGGAAGGCGGAUCAGACCAUACACCUCGGGAACAAGAUUCUACUGCAGACCAAAGAUGACUAGAAAUGAACAAGAUUCUACUGCAGACCAACGAUGACUGGAAAUGAACAAGAUUCUACUGCAGACCAACGAUGACUGGAAAUGAACAAGAUUCUACUGCAGACCAACGAUGACUGGAAAUGAACAAGAUUCUACUGCAGACCAACGAUGACUGGAAAUGAACAAGAUUCUACUGCAGACCAACGAUGACUAGAAAUGAACAAGAUUCUACUGCAGACCAACGAUGACUAGAAAUGAACAAGAUUCUACUGCAGAUCAACGAUGACUAGAAAUGAACAAGAUUCUACUGCAGACCAACGAUGACUGGAAAUGAACAAGAUUCUACUGCAGACCAACGAUGACUAGAAAUGAACAAGAUUCUACUGCAGACCAACGAUGACUAGAAAUGAACAAGAUUCUACUGCAGACCAACGAUGACUAGAAAUGAACAAGAUUCUACUGCAGACCAACGAUGACUAGAAAUGAACAAGAUUCUACUGCAGACCAACGAUGACUGGAAAUGAACAAGAUUCUACUGCAGACCAACGAUGACUAGAAAUGAACAAGAUUCUACUGCAGACCAACGAUGACUAGAAAUGAACAAGAUUCU